AUGAACGUCGAUGCCGGAACCAUGGCCCCCACUGAGCACGGCGAAUGUUUCGUUCUCAGCGACGGAGGAGAAGUCGAUCUCGACCUCGGGAACUACGAGAGAUACCUUAACAUCACCUUGACCCGAGAGAACAACAUCACGACCGGGAAGGUGUACCAGCAGGUGAUCGAGCGGGAGAGGCGUGGCGAUUAUCUUGGAAAGACGGUGCAGGUGGUUCCUCACCUGACAGACGCCAUCCAGGAUUGGAUAGAGCGUGUCGCACAGGUUCCUGUCGACGAGACAGGCGAGAAGCCGGACGUCUGCAUCAUCGAGCUCGGAGGAACCGUUGGAGACAUCGAGUCCGCUCCGUUCAUCGAGGCUCUACGCCAGCUCAGAAGGCGCGCGGGCAAGGACAACUUUAUGCAGAUCCAUGUGUCACUGGUGCCGGUCAUUAGUGGUGAGCAGAAGACGAAGCCCACCCAGGCGGCCAUCAGAGAUGUUAGAUCUGCCGGUCUGUCGCCCGAUUUGAUUGCCUGCCGUUGCCCGCAACCGCUCCAACCGGCAACCAUUAAGAAGAUUGCACUCUUCUGCGAUGUCAACAACGAGCAGGUUAUCGCUGUUCACGACGUAAACUCGACCUACCAUGUGCCCAUCCUCCUGGAUGAUCAGAAGUUGGUCGAGCUUCUCACCACCACCAUGUCACUCGACAAGAUCGAAAUUCCCGCUGCCUACAUCAAGAAGGGCAAGGCCCUCUGGAAAGAGUGGAGAACUCUUACCCUUGCCCAGGACCGCUUGUACGACACCGUGACUAUUGCCCUUGUCGGAAAGUACACCGAUCUUCACGACUCUUACCUCUCCACCGUGAAGAGUCUGGAGCACUCCGCAAUGCACUGCAAUCGCAAGCUGAACCUCGUGUGGGUUGAGGCCGAGGCUUUGGAGCCCGCUGUUAAUGCCAGUGAUCCCGCGAAAUUCCACAAGGCAUGGCACGAUGUGUGCACUGCUGACGGUAUCCUGAUCCCUGGAGGAUUCGGCGCUCGGGGGACUGAGGGAAUGGUGGCGGCUGCCAAGUGGGCCAGGGAGCACAAGAUUCCGUACUUGGGAAUUUGCCUGGGAAUGCAGGUUGCAGUCGUCGAGUAUGCCCGGAAUGUUUGCGGCAUGAAGGACGCACACUCCGUUGAGAUCUCGGCUGAGACCCCCAACCCUGUCAUUAUCUUCAUGCCCGAGGGAUCGAAAACUCACCUUGGAGGAACCAUGCGUCUUGGACUUCGCCCUACCGUCUUCCAACCUGGAUCGGAAUGGUCUAAAAUCCGCCAGCUCUACUCAGAAGCUGGUCAGAUUCUCGAGCGCCACCGCCACAGAUACGAGGUCAACCCCGAGUACGUCGACCGGCUCACCGAGGCUGGUUUGAACUUUGUUGGAAAGGACGACACCGGUGAGCGUAUGGAGAUUGUCGAGCUCAAGGAGCACCCUUACUUUGUCGGUGUGCAGUUCCACCCUGAGUACCUGAGCAGGGUGUUGAACCCCAGCAAGCCGUACCUCGGAUUCGUGGCGGCAGCUUCUGGUAAUCUGGAGAGGUUUUUGCACCCGGAGGGAGAAGUUCUGACCAAUGGCGAUGUCUCUCCUUAG